UAUCGAUUCGCUAAUUCUCUAUUAAAAUUUAACCCUAUUACGGGCUUGUUACUUUGUUCUCUCCAAAAAAUGAGAUUGAAUUCAAGAAAAUAGGAAAAACCCUAAUGUUGCCGUUGUAACAAUCAUCCGCAACUCCGCAAGUGUUUCCAGAAUCAAAACCCUAUUAAUAUAUCUAAAAGAUUUAAUUCUCUGCUGGCGAUUCAAUUUUGGAUUUGACUCUCGGAGCUAUGGGCAACUCAAUUAUGGAAAUAAUUUGCAAUGGAGCCUAAGACUCACUCUUUUUUGGCUUGGGAAUACGAUGGAAUGAAGCAAACUGGCUUACUGAACUGUGAGUCCAUGCAAUUUUCAACGCGAUUUUCACUAUGAGUCAUCCGGAAAAAGUCUCUCCGUGCUUUAGUACAGGGGUAAUUUGUUUUCUAGUUGCAAUUUGACAGGUCAUCUUUUUGCUAGAAGGAGCAACUGAUGCUCAGAAUGGAUAGCGAUAGCCCACUGGAGCAUACACUUUGUUACAUUCUCAGCCAGAUCAAUCCUUCAAAAGAUGAUUGGUCCUUUAGGUUUCAAAUAAUUGAAGAACUCCGAGCUGUUGUGCAACCUAUAGAAAGUUUGAGAGGUGCGACAGUGGAACCAUUUGGGUCAUUUGUAUCUGAUCUCUUUACAAGGUGGGGGGAUCUCGAUUUAUCUAUAGAGUUGGCUAAUGGUUCCUAUAUCUCAUCUGCCGGGAAGAAGCAAAAGCAAAGUUUACUGGAAGAUGUUUUAAAAGCAAUGAGGUGUAGAGGAGGGUAUCGGAAAUUAAGGUUAAUUACUGGUGCAAGAGUCCCUAUUUUGAAGUUUGAGGCAAGGUAUAACAUCUCCUGCGACAUAUCAAUAAACAAUUUGUGUGGCCAAAUGAAGUCCAAACUGCUCUACUGGAUCAGUACAAUUGAUGAACGAUUCCGUCCCAUGGUUUUACUGGUCAAGGAAUGGGCGAAGGCACAUAAAAUUAAUGAUUCAAGAAAUGGAUCGAUGAAUUCAUAUUCGCUCAGCAUGCUAGUUAUCUUUCACUUUCAGACUUGUGAACCUGCUAUUUUACCUCCGCUGAAAGAAAUAUAUCCAGGAAAUAUGGUGGAUGAUCUUUCAGGCGUGAGGGUUACUGCAGAGAAGCAUAUUGAAGACACAUGUGGCAACAACAUAAACCAAUUUAAAUCUAAUCGGUUCCGACCCCGUAAUCGCAGUUCUCUAUCUGAUCUCUUCAUUUCAUUCCUCGCGAAGUUUUGUGACAUUGGGUGCAAAGCUUCUGAUCAAGGGAUUAGCACAUACACUGGACAAUGGGAAGACAUUCAAGGGAACAUGAGUUGGUUACCAAAAACAUAUGCACUAUUCAUUGAAGACCCCUUUGAACAACCUGCUAACACAGCAAGAAGUGUCAGCAGCACCCAACUGGAAAACAUAACUGAAUCAUUCCAGGCAACCUUUAAUUUGUUAACAUCUCCUGACCAAAAUCCGCAUGUGGUCAUGUCUAGUCUUACUAGGCCACAAUUGCCAAAUUAUGUGGAGAGAGCACCACCUGCUAGGAUCCACAUCAAUCAUCACACCAGAAAUUUUAUUGGAGAACAACAAACAACUGUCCGUCGUCCGAAAUUACCCAUGCCUAUCCUCACUAGGCCUCAUAUCCCAAAUGUUGCAACGGGAGGUCCUACUAGAAUUAGUACUAGAGAACAGCACUGUUGCCCGAAUCAGGUAAUGUCUACUUUGACUAGGCCACAAAAAACAAAUUUUAUUGCAAGGCCUCCUGCUACAGAACAGGGAAACAAUAGUGGGAAAGGAAAUAGCAUUGUGGGGAUGCAUCACAAUGGGAAAACCAUAAAGCUAUCAUUACCUCAUCAAUUUCAAAAAAUGAUGAUCAAUGAGGGGAAGCAGCCAAAUACAGCAGUUGAUGGACGUAAUCAGGAUUCUUCUUUACUAUCACAGCCUGCAAGUAAUAGACAUGCACAUGAGUCUCCUGCUAAGAUACAGCCAAUCUGGAGGCCUAAAAAUGGCAAAAAGAGUGGUGAAUAAUUCCCAUGGCCUUGGAGGUUCUCUGCCCAGGAAUCUCCUGCUUUGCUUUGCAAAAAAUCAUGUUUGAUGCUAUAUUGCUGUCUAUGUUUUGUUUUUUAUGUUAACAAGUAGUAGUAGUGAUAUUUCAAGAUUUUCUGUUUUGCACUGUCAAUCUUGUAAUAAGCAUGUCAAUCAGCACCAUUUCUUCAAUAUGUUGUCUCAUUAUAUGUUCCAUGCAAUGAUGCAAUUAGAAACAACAUUUGGUGUGACCAUUGGUGGUUUUAGAAUUUCAUCUCAAUAUUCCUUUGCAAGGGGCCAAACAUUGAGCCUUUUUCUCAAA